GGAUCCCAGGGAGGAGGAGCCUCCGGGUACGGGACUCAAACAAAGGAAACAUAAGCAAACUGACACUGAGCACGCAAGGAGGGAGCCAGGAACACACAACCUUUACUACUCGACCAUCCACUAGUGGCCCCUGGGGUCAACGACUAGAAGACUUUUACUCGCUGGCCCUGUUAUGUAAGGAGCCCAGCGGGGGACAGGUUUGUGAAGAAGGACCGUGCGUGAGCGUUGGGGAUCCUGUGUGUGAGAUCAAGGCUCUGCCAUCUGCGACUGGGAGUGAGUAAGCGUGUGUGUGUUUGUGUGUACCUGUGUGUGUUUGGGAUGGCAAAGCGGGGCUGGAAUAAUCAACAGCUCUGCUCGUAGCUCAGUGUCAUGGGGGGUUGUCAAAGUUACCCCUCAGCAAGUGAGACGGACGCAAUCCACGACUCUUCGGACCCGAAUCACGAAAAACUGGGGAUUGAUAACAACAACCAGGAGCAGCGUCCGUAUCUCCAGAGGCAGAACGUCAGCCUGAGGAUCCCCCACGCCGACAUGUCCCUCCUGACCACCCGGCCCCCCGGCGUCGACGAGGCAGAGUGGCUCGCAACCAACACGAUAGCAUUCUUCAAGAACAUCAACCUGCUCACCAGCGCUAUGUCCGAGUUCUGUACUCCAACCACCUGCCCUGUGGCCUGUGGGCCAGGCAGCACGGUUUACGUGUGGACGGACGAGCAGGGAAAGAAGCUCAAGUGUUCGGCGCCGCUGUACUUCGACUACGCCAUGUGCUACGUCCAGGACCUCCUGGGAGACGAGGACGUGUUCCCCACCAAAUCAGGCACGCCCUUCCCCAGAGGCUUCGUGUUCCUGGUCCAGAAGGUGUUCCUGCUGCUGUUCCGCACGCUGGCCCACUUCUACUGGUCCCACUACCGGGAGACGCUGGCGCUGGGCCUGCACCCCCACCUCAACACCCUGUUCGCCCACCUCACACACUUCUGCCGGCAGCACGCGCUGCUGGAGCCCGAGGACACCGCGCCCCUGCAGGACCUGGUCCGGGCCCUGGAGGGGCGCGGCUACAGCUGAGGGCCCCCCCCACACACAGGGGGCCCCCCACACACACAGGGGGCCCCCCACACACACAGGGGGCCCCCCACACACACAGGGGGCCCCCCACACACACAGGGGGCCCCCCACACACACAGGGGG